AUGGCGCCUGACAGUGUAGGCAAGACCUCUUCCGACGAGGACUCCGUCCGGGGGGAGAAACCAGCUGCAAGUAAUGGUGCCUCUGUCGACCUCGAAGCCGCUGGUGAGAAGGAUGGCUACGUGCUUGACGCAGCUCAGAUCGGAACUACAGAAUUGAUGACGGCGAAAGAUGGUCAUACAGUCUUGAUUCCCCAGCCUAGCAGCUCGCCUGCUGACCCGCUGAACUGGUCCAAUUUCAAGAAGGCUCUAAUCCUGACUAUCAUUUCUGCAACGGCAUUCUUGCCUGAUUAUGGAAGUGCCACAGGAGCUGUCACUCUUAUCCCCCAAGCCAAAAUCUGGGGGAUGACGGAAGAUGAGGUGAACCACUCUCAAGUAGGGAAUGUCUUCAUGUUGGGUGCUGGUGGCGUCUUUGUUGUCGCCUUUUCCGCAUACUUUGGAAGAUAUCCUGUCUUGUUCUGGUUCUUGGUCAUUGCUUUGGCGACUGCAAUCUGGUGUGCUGCAGCGUUGACGUUUGAAUCCUUCAUGGCCGCUAGAAUUCUCAACGGUUUCUUUUCCACAGUUAUGCAAGGGGGUGGUCUUAUGUAUAUCAAAGACAUGUUCUUCUUCCACGAGCAUGCGCGAAAAAUCAAUAUCUGGUCAAGCUUUAUCAUCGUGUCGCCGUAUAUGGGGCCUCUACUCACAGCUUUUAUCAUCAACACCCAGAAAUGGCAAUGGGCCUUCGGUGUAUAUUCAAUCAUAACUGGCCUCUGCCUUAUUGCGGUGAUUCUCUUUGUGGAUGAAACUUAUUAUGAUCGAAAGAUCCCGGAGGACCAGCAACCGCCGCGUGUCAGUAGAUGGAAGCGAAUGAUCGGUAUCGAACAGUGGCAAAGUCGCCAUACGAGAAACACCUUUAAGGAUGCCAUGAUGCGUCCUGUCAUCGUUAUCUCCAAGGUGCCAGUUUUGAUCUCGAUGUUAUACUACCUGUUUACCUUCGCGUGGGUUGUUGGCAUCAAUACUACGUUGUCAAUAUUCUUGGGCCCGCUCUAUAACUUUGGGCCAAAACAAAUUGGUUUCUUCUACUUUACACCAGUUGUCGGCGCUAUCCUUGGCGAAAUUGCAGGCCACUGGCUUCACGAUAUGAUCGCGAGAGUCGCCUCCAAGAGGAACCAUGGCCGGUUUGAACCAGAAGCACGUUACGUAGCUACUUGGGUUUCUACACCGUUCUUGAUUUCUGGCACGGUCCUUCUCGGAUUUGCGCUCGAGAGAGGAUACCAUUACAUGCUUGCUUCCCUCGGUUGGGGCCUCUACGUCUUCGGAAUCAUGAUCACAACUGUCGCUGUGAAUGCAUAUGUGCUCGACAGCUACCCAGAAGCAUCCGGUGAAGUUGCAGCUUGGAUCAACUUUGCCCGUACGACUGGCGGAUUUGUUGUGAGUUAUUUCAUGGUUGAAUGGGCAGGGAAGCAGGGCGCCAUUCGACAAUUUGGCACAAUGGCGGGUAUCUGUGGUUUUGCAUUUGUGAUGAUUAUCUUCCUGCAAAUAUUUGGCAAGAGACUAAGGCAAUGGGCUGGGCCGGUCAACUUCAAGACUGUUUAA